UCCACAUCUCACCACUGCACCAAUUCGCAUCCACAUCGCCAGUCCCCAUUACUACUCAUCCAUCCUCUUCUUCCCGCUCCAGCGUCUUACACCUCGUCACAAUGGGCUUCGAGAACGGCGAUUCCAAGAAGGGUGCCAACCUUUUCAAGACCCGAUGCGCGCAGUGCCAUACCCUGAAGGAGGGUGAGGGCAACAAGAUCGGCCCCAACCUACACGGUCUCUUCGGCCGCAAGACCGGCCAGGUCGAGGGUUUCUCCUACACCGAUGCCAACAAGUCGAAAGGCGUCACAUGGGACGAGAACUCGUUGUUCGACUACCUCGAGAACCCCAAGAAGUACAUCCCCGGCACCAAGAUGGCCUUCGGCGGUCUCAAGAAGGCGAAGGACCGAAACGACCUGAUCACCUUCCUCAAGGACGAGACCAAAUAAACGCUCCAUGGCCACCCGGACGUUUUCCUCCCCCCAUCUCCGAUCCAACACGACUCUUCUUUAAUCCUCUCCGAUCCCAAAAAGCUCCCGUUUCCUCCCUGUACCACCAACAGGCAUGAUAGACGUACGAUUAAGGCGGUGGUGCGCAUCCAGUGCGCGUCUUGUUCCUGUGUAGAAAUAUGUUUUGUGUACUUUGCAAGAGCGGUUCUUCGAUUUCUGGUGCAGCAUGGACUGGUCUAGGCCUUAGCGGCACGUCGAAUAAAAAUUCUCCUCUUUACAUCACAAUCUGCAGUGUUCUCUCCUAAGUGAAGGUACGGGACUGGACGUUGGCAGCGCGUUCCUGAGCGAAGCAUGAGGUCAUGGCAGGUUGUCGACCCCCAUCGGCAGCUGGCUAUUCCCGACUUGACGAUGAGAUGUGCUGGAUGCGCAGGUGUCAAGCUCUCUGUCGCACAAGUAAAGCCUCACAUGAUGUAUU